AUGAUUGUGACCCUCCCAUUGCCUCCACAGGUUGUGAAAUAUUGGCCAGAAAACGUGGCAAGCUUCCUGCGAUGGUUUGCCUUUUGGGCUUUUGCGAUCCUACUCACGGUACCUUGGCUCUUUUGCGUCUACCAACUUGUCGUCAACAGUCUGGGGAGAAAGAAGCGAAUCAAGGAAAUCCUGGAUGAGGAGACUGCGCCGAAGACUGUCAUUGUAAUGCCGUGCUACAAGGAAGACCCGGAAGUCCUUCUCACAGCGGUCGACUCGGUUGUAGACUGCGACUAUCCGCCCUCUUGUCUGCACGUGUUCCUUUCCUUCGACGGUGACCAAGAAGAUGAGCUCUACCUCAAAACCAUUGAAAAAUUAGGAGUACCACUAACCCUGGAUCACUACCCUAAAAGUAUCGACGUAGUCUACCGCAUGUCCCGGAUCACGGUCUCCAGAUUUCCUCAUGGAGGCAAACGUCAUUGUCAGAAGUCGACCUUCAAACUCAUUGAUAGAAUUUACACUGAGUAUUUGAGGCGGAACGACAAUUUAUUCAUUCUAUUCAUUGACUCUGAUUGUAUACUUGACAAAGUCUGUAUCCAGAAUUUCAUGUAUGAAAUGGAGCUCAAACCUGGGAGCAAACAGAACAUGUUAGCUAUGACCGGCGUGAUCACCUCAACGACGCAGAAGAACACCCUCAUUACAUUAUUGCAAGACAUGGAGUACAUCCACGGACAACUAUUUGAACGAUCUGUGGAAUCUGGAUGUGGAGCUGUGACUUGCCUUCCUGGCGCGUUGACCAUGUUGCGCUUCUCCGCCUUUCGAAAGAUGGCGAAAUAUUACUUUGCGGACAAAGCAGAGCAGUGUGACGAUCUUUUCGAUUUUGCAAAGUGUCAUCUGGGUGAAGACCGAUGGUUGACGCACCUCUUUAUGAUUGGAGCCAGGCAGCAGUAUCAAAUCCAGAUGUGUACAGGUGCCUUUUGCAAGACCGAAGCUGUCCAAACUUACAAGAGUCUACUCAAGCAGAGACGAAGAUGGUUCCUUGGCUUCAUCACCAACGAGGUCUGCAUGUUGACAGACAUCCGUCUAUGGUGGCGGUAUCCUUUGCUUUGUAUCGUACGUUUCAUGAAUAAUACGAUCAGAACCACCGCUCUUCUGUUCUUCAUCAUGGUCAUCUCACUCCUGACCCUCUCCAACAGUAUCAGCAAUGUCCCUGUAGGUUUCAUUGCCGUAUCUCUGGGCUUAAAUUGGCUUCUCAUGAUCUACUUUGGAUUCAAAUUGGGCAGAUAUAAAGUCUGGCUUUAUCCCAUCAUGUUCAUUAUCAACCCAUUUUUCAACUGGGUGUACAUGGUAUACGGAAUCUUCACAGCAGGACAACGUACAUGGGGCGGACCAAGAGCAGACGCGGGCAAAGCGGACCCAGAGACCUCGCCUCAAGAGGCUAUAGAACAUGCCCAGGCUACAGGUGACGACCUGAAUGUGGUCCCCGAGACUUUCAAGCCUGCCGCCGAGGCUCGACUUGACAAACCAGUAGAGUCGAUACCGGUACAGCCUGCAACCAAGCUUGAAGGGCGUUUCGCUCCUGCUGAGGAGUUGCCGGGUGGAUGGUACCUUCAUGGCAAUGUCGACUCGGGUCUAGCGAUGCCGGCCACGAUUGUACAAGAUUUAGACGCCCCAAGGCCCCCGUUUUACCGUCGUGACUCUCUAGAAUCGAGCAGUAGCGCAGCUUCUGGCACUCAUUCAGUGUACAUGCCGAAACGAGUCGAGAGCAUAAUGAGCGAAGAGGACCGGAGAAAGUACCUUUAUGCGCAACAAGCGCAAAGAACGCCGACUGGCGCCUACAUGAAUGUCGAGAACCUUGAACGAGGACGUGUGACGGAGUUGGAUGAGAAUAGUGACCGAAAGGGUAUUUGGUCCGAUGACGUGGACGAUCUGGCGUCUUCGGAGGACGAAACAUCGCUGCGAAAUGCCACACAUUCACGAUAUGCGUACAACAAUCAGGGCCUGUCGUUAGGACAAUCGUCUUAUUUUGCGCCCGCAAGACCAAGCCAGCUUUCAAAUUACAACGAUAUUAAUGGAGGACAGCCUGAGGGCCGGGGCUUUCUGUUGCCUUCAAUGGAUACCAAUAGAGGCGGAUACGCUCCUUUAGAUCUCGAAACGGGUACGAAAAAUCACUUGGAUAGCGAACUGUCAUCAAGGGUCCCCACGGAGGACCAAGUUGAAUCUUACGAAAUGCAAGAACAAUCUAGAGUAAGACCCCUUUCUUUCGAGGGCCAGCCACAGCAAAGUAGUUCAGCACCAUACCAGCCAGCGUCAGAGCAGCAAUCUAGCGGUGCUAAACCUCCUACUCCGGUCGAUACAAAAUCUUUGAGUAAUAAAAAGGCCAAGAAGUUACACAAAUUUCGAAGGAAAGGAUAA